CCGUUCUGGGCAUCCACAUCAGCGGCAGGUGUGGCUCGAGGUGCCGACAAAAACACUAGGCCCUGUGUCGCGAUACAGCGCGUGCCGAACCAACACAAAGAAUAUCGUCCCUGGCAGCAAGCUCAUAGCGUGAAGCCUCCACUUGCAACCUACAAUUUUACCACACGACAGAGUUGUUCGCGGAGUGGCUUGAGGUUUGAGAGAUUGGUGUGCGUUCCCAGCUGUAGAAUCAUCGCCGUUCAGAGUCCCUAGCGUCCCUGUGGAACGCAGUGCCGCCCCAGAUACCGAUGGCAGCCCAAAAACAGACGGCCGUAGUGGAUCAGCAACCUGAGCCUGCCCCUCUGCCUCCGCCGGGACUUCUAGGACAAGCACCAGCCGACAAACCCGAUGCAAAGCGAAAUGUUGAUGACCGGAAACUCGACAACGUGCAAAAGUGUGGCUGCUGGGAAUAUCGCCCAGCAUUUCUGCAGCGCUUCGCGAAUGCAAGAUGGAUCCUUUUCAACCUCAGCUGGGGUCUGUUUACGCAGAGCUUCAUCGUGAACGGCUGCUUAUCUGUUGUCAUACCGACAAUCGAACGACGUUUCCAGCUGAAAAGCUUCGAAAGCGGCAUGAUCCUCAGCUCUUAUAACAUCGUCAACUGCUUGUUGGUUGUUCCCGUUUCAUACAUGGGGAGCAGCCGGAGCAAGCCUCUGUUUGCAGCUGUCGGCCUCUUCCUCAUUGCCACUGGUUCCAUCGUUUUUUCCUCACCUUACUUCUUAGCGGAGCCCUAUAUGUUUGGGCAAGAACAACAUGACGGAUGUCCCGCCGACAACACUACGACCAGUUGUAUUUCGACCAAUGUGCGAAAUUGGCGGUACGUCCUGAUGCUGGGUCACAUGCUCAACGGUGCAGGAGUGGUUCCGUUCCAUACCCUCGGAAUAGCAUACAUGGACGAAAAUCUUCCCAUGCGAAUGACGUCCACUUACGUCGGCAUUUAUUUAGCCAUGGGCAUCCUGGGACCUGCGUUUGGAUUCCUGUUCGCCGGUACAUCUCUCUCUUAUUACGAGGACCUCUCCGACGUCAGCAAACUGGGCCUGACUUCGAAAAGCUCCGUGUGGGUCGGAGCAUGGUGGACGGGAUUCUUUUUCGGUGGAAUCUUCGCGUUUUUCUGGGUUCUACCUCUCGGAGCCUUCCCGAGAAGAACACCUGAUUACGACAGGUGCCAAGAAGAGAGGAUGAAGGAAAAAGAUUCAGCUGUAUGUUCAGAGUACGGAAAAGAUAUCAGACAACUACCACGGGAUAUCAAGAGUCUCCUGAAGAACUAUACGUUCGUGUUCUUGUCACUAGGUAGCGGCAUGGAAGCUAUGAUGGCCUCAUCUCUAACAAGCUACGUGACCAAGUAUUACCAGUCGCAGUUCGCCUUGACUCCUUCAACGGCUGCCGGGAUUAUCGGAUUGAUAGCCAUUCCGAGCGGUUGCGGUGGCACAUUCAUCGGAGGUGCUGUGGUCACGAAGUUUAACAUGAAAACACGUUCUAUGAUUCGCAUGUGUUGGAUGACUGGAAUCGUGGCAUGGCUGUCUCUUCUUGUUUUUGUGUUACAUUGCCCAACUCCUACUUUCGCGAUCAACCGGGAUGCAGAAGGAGAAGCCCGUUUCGCACUGCCAUGCAAUACAGUGUGCAACUGCAAAUCGGACGUCCUCAACCCAAUCUGCUCUGUGGACAACGUGGUGUACUUCUCGCCAUGUUACGCUGGCUGUACUCAGCAAGACAUCACGAAAGGAGGGGCUACAAGUUACAGAAACUGCAGCUGCAUUGACUCCUACAAGGCAAGCGGCAACGGUUCAACUUUGCAAGCCAUACGAGAAAAGUGCCCGACCAACUGCAACCUAUUGCUCGUUGUCAGUGCGUGUAUUUUUGUAGGCCUUUUCUUCACUCUUUUCAAUACGCCACCUGCUGUCACGGCGACGCUAAGAGUGGUCCACCAGACUGAACGUGCAGCAGCGCUCGCUGUGAAGUGGAUGUCAAUACGACUAUUCGGUACGAUCCCAGCGCCCCUGGUCGUCGGCACCGCAAUCGAUACUGCAUGUGUCGUCUGGCAACAUACUUGCGGUCGACGCGGCUCCUGUGUCUACUACGACAAUGCGCAGCUGGCACGAAGCAUGUUGCUGACAUUGCUGCCCAUGAAGACGCUCACCAUAAUUGUAUAUUUCUGCGCCGAAAAGGUUUACAGGGAACCUGAAGGCCAACAAAACGCCGCUGGCAAAAUCGUUGCGGCGCUGGGCGAUGGGGCGCCUCAAAUGAAGUCCGCAGGCGCUCCCGAUCGGAAGCAGGAUGCUCAGCCGAUAGUCAUGGUGGCAAAUGCAGCUAAGCCUGCAUUGCAAAUUUAACGAGGAUGGUCGUGUAUCGGUGGUAGCUAUGCGUUGUUAAAUUCUUCAUGUUCCAUAAAGGCUGUGAUACAGCCCGUCUGCUGACAACGGGAGAACAGCGUGGACAGCAAUAAUAGAUGAAACAGUAAAGAAUGUACAAUAUUUUCA